AUGCUUCAGAUAAACUGCUGCUUCCACGCACUCUUUCACACGGUCUUUCUCUCUUUUACUGUAGCGGUGAACACAAGCACGUCCCUGCUGUUGUCCAGUCUGCUGUCAGUGCUGGUGUUUGCAGGAAUGCAGAUGUUCAGCAGGCAGCUGGGCUCUUCAGAGUGGCUGACCAUCCUGGGGGGCUUCCUGGGAUCUGUGCUGUUUGUCUGCUCUCUUACUGCUUUCAAUAACCUGGAGAACCUUGUCUUUGGCAAAGGCUUCCAAGCCAAAAUCUUCCCAGAGAUUGUCUUGUGCCUGUGCCUCUCUCUGUUUGCGUCUGGUUUGGUGCAUCGUGUGUGCGUGACAACAUGCCUGAUCUUCUCUGUCUUUGCACUGUACUACAUCAACAAAGUGUCAGCAGCUCUUUACCAGGCAGCACCUGCUCCGGCUCCCGCCAAACCCACCAGCAAGGGCAAAAGAAAGAACUGAAGUGCUUACCUCAUCCCGUUACUAUCACAGUCACCCAUUCAGCCACCAGUUCGCAGUGUGCUGAAGCUACAAAAUCUGAUGUGUUUGCCAACAGCAGACAUUUUUAUCCAUUCCAUUCACACUGAAAGAUAACUAAACACAUUUGAUCAAACCAGUCAUAGAUGUGUGAUUUUUGGUUCUGUUUACAAUAUGUUUUUGUUUAAGGGGUUUGUUAUUAAAAGUUGAAGAAA